ACUUACAAAGAAGUUUACAGGGGAAAAAGGUGGUCCCACAAAAAAAAACUGUUUUAUGAAGCAAACUACCGAGCACUUCAAUCUGCUGUUUUGCCACCGACUUUACCCGAGAAAUAAAGCUAUUAACUUGUUUCAAUUUACUCCGAAUGUUAUCAGAGACAGCAUACUGCUCAAUCGUCUAUGUUUAUAAUCAACUGGAUUCAACUUUGAAAAAUCCGAACCAAAAAAAUGGAGAGAACAGCUGAGUCCUGUUGUGGAGUCUUGCUGUCGUGUGUAGCUAGCUAGCUAACUUGGAUAUAGCUACGAAUUUCCCCAUUUUCAUCAGUCCACUUCUGUCUGGAGGAGCUAUUUUCUGAGUGGCCUGCCACACUGAUUGCCAUUGAUAAAGUUGGUUCAGUGGGCCACUGCAGAAUUUUGUCAAGAGCAUUGGCUGUCUGCUGUGUCUUGAUGCUCUUCAGUGCCUGGAUGUUACAUGGGCGAUGAGGAUGUCCUGCUGGUCAGGAUUGUGAUGUGAUGGGGUGCAGGACGAGCAAGGUCCUCCCUGAGCCACCUGGAGAUGUCCAGCUAGACUUGGUCAAAAAGGUGGAGCCUCCUAAGACCGACAUCUACAAACAUUUCAUCCGAGACGACGGCAGUGGGAGUAAAAUGGGAGGGGAGAAAACAGGCUCUCUCUCUCCACAGGCCCAGGCAGCUUUCCCAGCUACCCGGGCAUCCUCGGGUACAGGCCAACCAGAGGCCUCAGACCCACGCAGAAACAAGGUAGCCAAGUACAGAGCCAAGUUUGACCCACGGGUCACAGCCAAAUAUGACAUUAAGGCCCUGAUAGGUCGCGGUAGCUUCAGCCGGGUGGUGCGAGUGGAGCACAAGAGCACACGUCAGCCCUACGCUAUCAAGAUGAUCGAGACGCGCUAUAGAGAGGGACGUGAGGUAUGCGAGUCAGAGCUGUGUGUCCUGCGUCGUGUACGCCACACUAACAUCAUCCAGCUGAUGGAGGUGUUUGAGACAGCUGAGAGAGUGUACAUGGUGAUGGAGCUGGCUACAGGAGGAGAGCUUUUUGACCGUAUCAUCGCCCGUGGCUCUUUCACAGAGCGUGAUGCUACACGUGUCCUACAGAUGGUACUGGACGGGGUCAAGUAUCUACAUACACUUGGCAUCACCCACCGUGACCUCAAGCCUGAGAACCUGCUCUACUAUCACCCUGGGGCGGACUCAAAAAUUAUGAUCACUGACUUUGGGCUGGCCAGCACUCGUAAAAAGGGGGAUGAGUGCUUGAUGAAGACCACUUGUGGGACACCAGAGUACAUUGCCCCAGAGAUCCUGGUACGGAAGCCAUACACUAAUGCUGUAGACAUGUGGGCUCUGGGUGUCAUUUCCUACAUUCUGCUGAGUGGAACCAUGCCCUUUGAGGAUGACAACCGCAUGCGACUCUACCGCCAGAUCCUCAAAGGGAAGUACAGCUUCUCUGGGGAGCCAUGGCCCAGUGUGUCCAACCUGGCGAAGGACUUCAUUGACCGUGUGCUGACAGUGGACCCCAGCGACAGGUUGACUGCAGGCCAGGCUCUGAAGCACCCCUGGGUCGUCAGCAUGGCUGCUUCAUCCUCCAUGAAGAACCUGCAGCGCUCUAUCUCCCAGAACCUCCUGAAGAGGGCCUCGUCACGCUGCCACAGCACCAAGUCUGCCCAGUCCACACGCUCCACCAAGUCCAACAAGGCUCGCCGUGCUCGGGAGAAAGAGCUGCGUGAGCUCAACCGCCGCUACCAACAACAAUACAAUGGCUGAGUAAUAGUUACAUGGGCUGUAAUUUUGACAAACUCGUAAUGUUGCAGGUCUCAUUGAGACCACAAGCAGGGACUUAUCAGCAGCGACCUAGAACAGCACUUCAGCUCAGCAAUAACUUCAACAUCCAUCCUAGGCCAUUGUGCCACUGAGGCAGUAAACAAAACCUCCUCAGAUUUCACUAUUUUUCCUAGAUUCCUAUUUCCUCAAGUUUCUUUCCUGUCCUUGUGUGUCUCCUCAUAUUUAUUUAUUGUUGUCAUGAUUAUAUUGUUUCCGUAGAAAUGGUCACUUGAAGCUGUCCAUCUAAACGGAUCUGUUGAACAGAAUUCAAGGUAAUGAAGGUUUAGGAAGGGAUGUUGAAAUGCUUUUCCAACACUGAUUCCUGAUUAUUUGCUGUGAAUUUAUUAUGUUACAAGAACAGUGAGUUACUUGUUUUGGUGGAGAUCUAUAUCUGAUUAUAUCUUGAUUUGGACAAAAAAUACGAUGAUACUUUGUGCUAAAACACAAGUAUGUCAAUGAAGGCCAAAAUAAACAUUGAUUUAUUUAAUUUUGGUUUAGAAGUCGUAUAUCCAAUCUUAUUGUAUCCCGACCAGUUGCUUUCAUGGAUUGCAAAUUAAGUCUCUUUCUUGCCAGGAUUCAGUUUUUACAACCUGUCCAUUCAUGAUUUCUUUCCCAAUUCGUUCUGGGAUUCUUUUUUAACUGUGAGCUUGAAAGUCUGAGGGAGGUUGACUGGAAACUAAAUAAGGAUGGAUGAUCCAGCGCUUUUGCAUCUGUCGUCGUGAGGAUUGAUUAGGCUGAAACCUAGUCCUGUCUCUGCACUCUCCUGCUCCUGCUUUCUGAGAUGGACAGCAUUGUUGUAAUGAAGUAUACACGUCAAGUGAUGUGUAAUUUAACAAACUGAUGGAGAAUAGAUCAAAUAAAUGUCUAACUGAUGGAGAAUAGUCCAAUGGUUGAAAGCUCAGUAUUCAUUUAAUUUGUUGUAUCAAAUAUUUCUUUCCAAUUUGUUCUGAGUAAUGCAGACAUCUCAUGUUUGUACUGUAUUUUAAAUGUUUUCUAAAUAUUUUUAUUGAACAAACUAUGUAGUUUGACAACAACUAAAUUUGCGCUGUGGAGGAUGCUUUGCCAGUCGUAAAGCCCACAGACGGCUGUUGGGAGGAGAGACCAAUUCAAAUCUGGCCUUUCUGCACUAUUGUCAAGUCUUAAUCAAGAAAAAUGACCAUAAAAUUAUAGGUUUGAAAAUAAAUCUUAUAACUAUUGCUUUAGUCUUUUAAAUGGAACUCUUCAAUGUUUCAGAGAUUUUAUUAUUUUGGGUGUACCUUGUUAUAGCCUGUGAAUGCACUUAUUUAAGUGGUGGUUCAAGGGACUGAUCUCAUUUAACCCACAGUACCAUUUUGAGGGGUCAUCCAAUAGUGUUUUGAAGGGAUUAAACAAUGUACUUAUACCUCUGUUUUUUGUUGACAGGCUUAAUUGUAGGUUUUGUAUAUUAAUUACACAUGCUCUUGUUAGUUAGCUCCUUUUGUAGUUAUCUUUUUGUACUCCCCAACCAAGACACCCAUAGUAAGCGAUCGGUUUGAUUUUGUCAUAUAGACUAUGUACUUUUGAGCAAUUUCCGGUGAGAAGCGCUGGUAUUUUAAAGUGAAUUUUUCAAAGAUACUGGAAAUCCAACAGAGCCGUAUCAGCUUACCUCAAUCUCUCAUUUGGUAAUUCUAUAAUGUUACAUUAUUCUCCAUCUUCACUCAAUCGGUCCUACUGCUGUUAUUGUUUUUUUUUUAAAUUGUUGCACAGUAAUGUGCAGUGGUGUCUUCCCCCCACAUACUUGGCCAACUGCACCCUCCCCCUCCCCCCUUUUGUUCUCUGAACAGCCUCAAGUUGUCAUGGCAUGGACUCUAAAAGGUGUUGAAAGCAUUCCACAGGGAUGCUGGCCCAUGGUGACUCCAAUGCUUCCCACAGUUGUGUCAAGUUGGGUGGAUGUACUUUGGGGACCAUUCUUGAUACACAAGGGAAACUGUUGAGCAUGAAAAACCCGGCAGAGUUGCAGUUCUUGACACAAACCAGUGCCCCUGGCACCUACUACCAUACCCUGUUCAAAGGCACUUAAAUCUCUUGUUAUGCCUAUUCACCCUCUGAAUGGCACACAUACACAAUCCAUGUCUCAAGGCUUCAAAAUCCUUUAUUAACCUGUCUCCUCUUCAUCUAUACCAAUUUAAGUGGAUUUAGCAAGCGUCAUCAAUAACGGAUCAAAGCAUUCACCUGGUCAGUCUGUAAUGGAAAGAGCAGGUGUUAUUAAUGUUUUUUACACUCAGUGUAUGUGAAAUGCAGCAUACAUUGGUACCAUGCAUUUUCAACCCCACAGAACGAAUAAUGCCAUGGUUUCAGUCACUUGUUGAUUGAUUGUUUUUGUAACAUCAAUGCUUUUUAUUUUUAACAAAGGUUUGGUUUUAAUGCAAACAUGGAAUUCAAAAUUAUUUUUACAUCCUGAAAAAACUAUGUCUAGGCCUGAAGAGAAUAGAUUACAUUUUUUUAAAUGGAGAAAAUUGUAAAGUGUGUAAUGUGUGCCAAGUCAAUGAUUAACCAAAUAGUAUUUGCAAGAGAUCUUGCGGAAUGUAAACAUAUUUUCCGAAAGUGUUUCCUUUCACCUGUUCUAUCUGUAUGACACAUGCUGUUGUCUUUUUCGGAAGUAGCCAAUUCAACACUGUUUCCCGAAUGCAAUUGUUUUUUAUGUAUUUUUUUUAAUGUUGUUCAUUUGUGUUUAAAUGAGUGAUAACACAAUGAUUCUUGUACAUUCACUUUUUUUUAAAUGGUGAACUGGUUCAGUGAGUCAUGUUUUAUUUGAAUAUGCCAAAUAAACUCGAACCUGACAA